AUGGCUAGUCGUGUUGCAGGGACAGUAGCGGAAGGCGGCUCGAAGAUUUCCGUCACGUUGAAGGGGCUGUCUCGUUCUGUUCUGCCUAACGAUCUGAAGCGGUUAUGCGGGAGGUUGCGCGUGGAAAAUGUGGCUUCCGUGGCCGUGAACUAUACUCGGUUCAGACCAAACGGGAGCGCGACCCUUGCCUUCACGCGUCCGGAAUUCGUCCCCGCUGCUGUGAAGGCUCUAGAUAGGCAUGUCCUGGGAGGCAAGAUUAUUCGUGCCGAAGCGAGCGAUGAGAUUCCCCAACUACCCCGGACGCGAGGGCCAAAAGGAGCGUUGGAAGCAGCGCAGCGAGCUGUCUACAGGGGUGACGGCCCCAACGCUGGGAUCACAGGCGGAGGCAGGACGGUCUUGCUGUACGGUCUCCCUGCAAGGUUGACUCCUCAGAUUGUUACGGAUAAUCUCCGCAACUUCAAAUUUGCUGGAUCAGAGAAGGGUGUCCCGGCCGUCUUGAAGAUAGUCUAUGCCCAGUCGUCAAUGUCCCGCUUCCUGAUCCGUCUAGCUUCGGUUUCAGAAGCAUACCGCUUCGUACGCUCACUACACAUGCAGAAGUGGCGGCCCGACCUCUACAACGACCAAUUCAUUGUGCGGGCGUCCCUGGUGUCAUAG